GUAGCAAUGACAAUCACAGUUAUUUCCAGACUCUGUUCUUCAUAGUUAGAUUUAAAACAUUGGCAAAAAUGUUAUAAGAAGGCAAUUAGGUUGAUGUUUUUAGGUUGUACGGCAACCAGAGCGCCCCUUCGUCAGUUUAUACAUGAUGAGGUCAUAGGUCAGGAGGAGAGUGACAGGGAACAGGGACAAGCACAGGAAGGUACAAGAAAAAAAUGAAUGAUGAUGGAAAAAAACGCAAGUUCUGAAGACUUCUUUAUUCUACUUGGAUUUUCUAAUUGGCCUCAUCUGGAAGUAGUUCUCUUUGUGGUUAUCUUGAUCUUCUACCUAAUGACACUGACAGGAAACCUGUUCAUCAUCAUCCUGUCAUACCUGGACUCCCAUCUCCACACUCCCAUGUACUUCUUCCUUUCAAACCUCUCAUUUCUGGAUCUCUGCUACACAACCAGCUCUAUCCCUCAGUUGCUGGUCAACCUCUGGGGCCCGGAAAAGACCAUCUCUUAUGCUGGUUGCAUGAUUCAACUUUACUUUGUUCUCGCACUGGGAAUUGCAGAGUGUGUCCUACUGGUGGUGAUGUCCUAUGAUCGUUAUGCAGCUGUGUGUAGACCUUUGCAUUACACUGUCCUCAUGCACCCUCGUUUCUGCCGCUUGUUGGCUGCGGCUUCUUGGGUAAGUGGUUUUACUAUCUCAGCACUUCAUUCCUCCUUUACUUUCUGGAUAUCUCUGUGUGGACAUCGCCUAGUGGAUCACUUCUUCUGUGAAGUUCCAGCACUUCUGCGUUUAUCAUGUGUUGACAUCCAUGCAAAUGAGCUGAUCCUCAUGGUCAUGAGCUCUAUUUUUGUUCUUAUACCUCUCAUUCUCAUUCUCACUUCCUAUGGUGCCAUUGCCUGGGCUGUACUGAGCAUGCAAUCAACCACUGGGCUUCAGAAAGUGUUUGGAACAUGUGGAGCCCAUCUUAUGGUUGUAUCUCUCUUUUUCAUUCCAGUCAUGUGCAUAUAUCUCCAGCCACCAUCAGAAAAUUCUCCUGAUCAAGGCAAGUUCAUUGCCCUCUUUUAUACUGUUGUCACACCUAGUCUUAACCCUUUGAUCUACACGCUCAGAAACAAGGAUGUAAGAAGGGCAGUGAAGAGACUAAUGGGGUGGGAGUGGGGGAUGUGACAGAGAAAUCAUGUUGGCUGUUAUUGUUUUUCUUAGGGUCUCGUCCAUCUUGAAAGAUGGUUUCUCUGCUUUUUUGUGAUUUAUUUUUGUUCUAACAGCUCACAAAACAUGGAAUAGUUCAGUCUCACAUUUGUUGCUCUUUUUAUUAUUUAGUUCUGAAAUAUUAUGUUGAGAUAAAGUUUUUGAUUAGUGCCACUUUGGUCUUUUACAAUUCUAUAUUUUAUUUCCAUGACAAUUGUGGAUUGUGGUUUCAACAUAAAUAAAUGUGUGUGUGAAUAGUUAUGAGGAGAUUAUUUCAAAAAUGUUGGAAUUUUUAACAGUGUGCUAAAUUAUGAAUUGACUAUUGAUGUAUACAGAAAGAGAAGGGCAAUAUUGCAAAGAUUAGGCUAAAAAAGUUUUUGGUUAUUGAAUAAACCUUAAAUGAAGCUAAAAAUAGUCACAGCAAAGAGAAACGGUAACCAUAAUGAAUAAUAUUGUUUAUUAUAUGGUAAAGGAUGUAUCAUAAGUUUUUGGCUGAAAGACACUUUUUAAAGACACUAAAUCAUCUAAUUUAUCCUGUAAGUCUACAUACUUGUCACGCUGAACAGUAAACUAAUAUCUCUUUAAAAUGGCUCAUUUAUUCAUCUGUCCAUUUAUUCAUUAACUUAUUCUUUAUUAGCUAAAUCUUAUUGAAUGUGUAGUCUCUCCCAGUUUGUGAAAUUCUUGCUAACAUGUAUAAAUAUAACAUACUCUGUCUGAACAGAACACACUCUCUGUCCCUCUGUCCGGAAAAAUGGCAACGUAAAAGAUGAAGUAUCCGUUCAUGGCUUAAUUUGUCACUGGGGGUAAUGCUAAUAAAUUAAGAUAGCUUUUAAAAGUCAGAAACAAUAAACUCUGAUUACUCUUCAGAUUGUGUAAAUCUUUCACUUUUUAAAAAUCAAAAACAAGGCCAAGCGCGGUGGCUCACGCCUGUAAUCCCAGCACUUUGGGAGGCUGAAGCAGGUGGAUCAUGAGGUCAGGAGAUCGAGACCAUCCUGGCUAACAUGGGGAAACCCUAUCUCUACUAAAAAUACAAAAAAAUUAGCCAGAUGUGGUGGCACACGCCUGUAGUCCCA